AUGAACUUUGAGGACGUGGCCAUUGACUUCUCUGAGGAGGAGUGGGGGCUCCUUGAUGAGGCUCAGAGACUUCUCUACUGCAAUGUGAUGCUGGAAGUGUUUGCACUUGUCGCAUCUGCUGGUUGCUGUCAUAAAACGGAUGAUGAGGAAGCCUGUUCUGAGCGCAGUCUAUCUGUACAAGGAGAGUCACAGGUCAGGGCGUCUAAGACAGAGCCAGCAAACCAGAGGAUCCAUGUGUGUAAGCGGUGUUUCUCUGUGUUAAAAGACAUUCUGCACCUGACUGAGUCACAGGCAGCGUACCUUGAGCAGAAAGCCUUCUUCAAUGACACACGUGUGAGAGACUUCUGUUUCAGUGCAAACCCUCGCCAGCAACAGAGGGAAGCCAGUGGAGAGAAGCCCUGGAGAGACGCUGUGGACAGGGCCUCGUUUGUGACCAGGUUCAGCUUCUCCUUAUCAUGGCUGCCUUCAUCCAGUAGGGAGGUUGGGGAAGACUUGCCAGCCAUCUCAGAGCUUCUCCAGCCCCAGGCCCCUCUCAACACUGAGAAGCCACACAGUGGCAGUGAGAUUUCUCAGAAACUUCUCAGUGGAAAAGGUCAUAACCAGUGGCGUCAAUGUGAAAAUGCUGCCAGCCACAACGAGAAAGUUGUUCAACAGAGCUUCUGCCUUGGGGAAGUAAAAUAUGAAUGUAACAAAUAUGGAAAUAUUUUUAGAGGAAUCUCUAGCCUCAUUCAACAUAGAAAAGUUCACAGUGGAGAAAAGACAUAUAAGUGUAGUGAUUGUGGGAAGGCCUUUGGAUAUAAGACUAACCUCAAUAAACACCACAGAGUUCACACUGACGAAAAGCCCUAUGUGUGUAGUGACUGUGGGAAGUCAUUCAGGCAAAUCUCUGCUCUUAAUCGGCACCAGAGAGUUCACACUGGGGAAAAGCCAUAUGAGUGUACUGAUUGCGAUAAGACUUUCAGUCAAAGGAACAACCUCACUGACCACCAGAGGGUUCACACUGGGGAAAAGCCAUAUGAGUGUACUGAUUGCGGUAAGACUUUCAGUCAAAGGAACAACCUCACUGACCACCAGAGGGUUCACACAGGAGAAAAACCUUAUGAGUGCAGUGAAUGUGGGAAAUUUUUUAGAUGCCGUGGUCACCUUUUUACCCAUAGGAGAAUUCACACUGGAGAAAAACCUUAUGAGUGUAGUGAAUGUGGGAAGUCCUUCAGAGAAAGGUGUACGCUUAGUAAACACCAGAGAGUUCACACUGGAGAAAAACCUUAUGAGUGCAGUGAAUGUGGGAAAUCUUUUAGAUGCCAUGGUCACCUUUUUACCCAUAGGAGAAUUCACACUGGAGACAAACCUUAUGAGUGUAGUGAAUGUGGGAAGUCCUUCAGAGAAAGGUGUACCCUGACUAAGCACCAGAGAGUUCAUACUGGAGAAAAACCUUAUGAGUGCAGUGAGUGUGGGAAGUCCUUUAGACAAAGGUGUAACCUCACUGUACACCAGAGAAUUCACACUGGAGAAAAACCUUAUGAAUGCAGUGAAUGUGGGAAAUCGUUUCGAUGCCAUGGUAACCUUUUUAACCACAAGAGAGUUCACACAGGAGAAAGGCCUCAUGAGUGUAGUGAAUGUGGGAAAUCUUUUAGCCAAAAAUCUAACCUCCUUAGACACCUGAUUGUUCACAAUGGAGAAAAGCUUUAA